ACCCAUUUUACAUUGGAUUACCUGCUAUUAUUUAAUCUUACGGUUUAAUGUCUUUUAAAUCUGUACAUUAUUCUCAUCUUAACCUUCCAUUCACUCGGCAUUUGGUAAGCCUACAGUCCAGAAACAACAGUUUUAUGUUCUGAACUCGUUUUCGAUAUCUCGGAUGCACAGAUAUAUCGUAAGAAAAAUUAUCAAAAGGGAGACCUCAACUUGUAGCUUUCUCACGCUCCUUACUUUCUGGAGUGAUCCAGGAAGAAGUAACAUUCUUUAUUUUAUUAAAUAUUUAAAAGAGAAGAUGGAAGUUUGCAGAGCCUAGAGAUAGUUUUGUCCAAUAAAUCAGCAGGUCAGCUUUAAACAUCCACCUUUUAUAUCUGUAAAUGUAUAAAGGUGUCUGAAUUAGCAUUCAGCCCUAGAGUAAGGAGGUUUGCUGAGUUGGUUCUCCAUUGCUGGAAAUGGGUGAUCUUGUAGUUCACAAGGGUGGUUGCCAUUGUAGAGGUGUGAGAUGGCAAGUACAGGCACCGGUUGAUGUUGUAGCAUGGAAUUGCAAUUGCUCUAAUUGUUCCAUGCGAGGCAACACGCACUUCAUUGUUCCAGCGUCUAAUUUCCAGUUGCAGGAAGAAUCAAAAGAAUACCUGACAACCUACACCUUUGGUACACACACGGCAAAACAUAUAUUCUGCAAAAUAUGUGGCAUAACUUCAUACUAUAUUCCGCGUUCCAAUCCAGACGGGGUAGCGGUGACUGUUAACUGUGUUGACCCCGGCACCAUAAAAAAUGUUGAAAUCAGAUACUAUGAUGGGAGGAAUUGGGAUAAGUCCUAUGAGAAAUCUGGCGUUGCAUCAUUCUCAAAGUUGAGCACCAAGGUAUGACCUCACCGUGUUAAGAAGCUGGCCCAACCGUAAAUCUCCUUAAGAUAUGACACAAUGGAGCGAAUGCUUGUGUGCAUUAAUAACUACAAAUUCAGAAAAAGAACCAGGACAAGGACAAGGCUUUUAAUAUGGGACUAUGACAACACAUUUGUAUGAUAUUUUAUUCAAGUUGCCAAUAUUUGAAUUGUGUUCUAGAUUAGUUUUCUCACUCGAGAGGAUAUGACGGUUCAAAUUCAGAGAGGAUCCUUUGGAAUUCUGGACUUUUUUGAAUAGGUAAUUAUAUCACAAUUUUUUUAAUGUUAAAUUGUCAUAGAAAAAGUUUAAAUAAUAUAUAUCUUUAUUAUAAAUCUAA